CAGAGAAGCAGAGAAGACGACGACAGAAGAAUGGGCCUGAAUUUCUUUUUGUAGAAUCGGCUAAGGCGUCAUCCUCCCUGCUCCUCAAUCAUUCACUGCACAUGCAUCUCACCAUACAUACACACAUACACAUUCACUUGGGGUAUAUGUAAUCUUUUUCUUGUAUCUCUACGUGUAUCUAUCUAUUUAUAUAUCUACAUCUCUAUCUCGAGUUCUGUAUAUGUACGUCUGUAUGGGCUUAGCCCACACGUAACCCUGCAAAUUUGGAAUCGAUCCCCCAAGAAGCAGAAAUCGUCAUCAAACCGCCUCAUUGCGCUUUAUCUCAUCCAACUCUCUCUAUUUGUAUAGAAAGGCGUCGUCUUGAAAACAUCUUCCUUUGUUUAGCUGUAUUCUUUGUGUAUUUUGGUUGGUUUUGUGUGUCAACCUCAUCAUUUCUGGAUCCGGGACUUGGUUUCUCUCGGCUCGGAUCACGGGCAUGUUCGGAUGUUGAGUCCCAUUACUCGAUAGAAAUUGGAUAGUUUCUGCGAGCGGCAAAGAUGGAUGUUGAGUAUUGUGAGGAGUACAGAAUGAACUCUAGAGGAGUCCGGCUGUUUACUUGCAGAUGGCUGCCGUUUUCUUGUCCAAAAGCUCUGGUUUUUCUUUGCCAUGGUUAUGGCAUGGAAUGUGGUAACUUCAUGAGAGGUGUUGGGAUAAAGCUGGCAAGUCAUGGCUAUGGUGUCUUUGGGAUCGAUUAUGAAGGCCACGGACGGUCAUCUGGUGCUCGUUGUUACAUCAAGAGGUUUGAUAACAUCAUCAAUGACUGCAGUGAAUAUUUCAAGUCAAUUUGUGCUCAGGAAGAGUACAGGGAAAAGAAAAGAUUCCUAUACGGGGAGUCGAUGGGAGGGGCAGUUGCUCUGUUAACACACAAGAAGGACCCUGGUUUCUGGGAUGGUGCUGUUCUAGUUGCUCCUAUGUGUAAGAUAUCUGAGAAGGUGAAGCCACACCCUGUAGUUAUUAGUCUGUUGACUCGGGUGGAAGACGUAAUACCGAAAUGGAAGAUAGUUCCGACCAAGGAUGUCAUCGAUUCAGCCUUCAAGGAUCCUGUAAAACGAGAAAAGAUUCGCGGCAACAAACUGAUAUAUCAAGAGAAGCCCAGAUUGAAAACUGCACUGGAGUUGCUCAGGACUAGCAUGAACCUUGAGGAUAGUUUGAAUGAGGUGACGUUGCCAUUCUUUGUGUUGCAUGGUGAAGCUGACACGGUGACCGACCCAGACGUUAGCAGGGCGCUAUACGACAGAGCCAGCAGUAAAGACAAGACGAUAAAACUAUAUCCUGGGAUGUGGCAUGGCUUGACAUCAGGCGAACCCGACGACAACAUUGAGAUAGUCUUCUCAGAUAUCUUAUCAUGGCUCGAUAAGCGCUCAGGAGAAGGUGGCACCGACAGUAUCAAAUCGAUCCAGCAGUCGACUCCUGGCACGGAUAGUUUAACCGCAACAGCAUCCCCAACGACAGUGAUCGAUCAAAAGCCCUACAGAACAAGCUCGAAAGGGAAAUAUUUAUACGGACAGAAGACCCGUGGUUUUUACCAUCAUUCAGCCAUGUAGUUGUAUUCCACAAGAUAGAAACUACUACGAAAAGCAUAAGAGACGAGCACUGGGAGUCUUGCUGCUUCUAGGACAACUUUUUUUAUUUUCUUCUUGUUUUUACUUUCCGUGACAAUGUCUCAACGAGACAUUGAUGGAUAAAUGUAUGAUUUGCAUCGAAAUGAUGCGAUCGCUCGUAGAAUUUUUCAUAUAAUUGAGAGAUAAUUGGUAAUUGUU